UACUAGUUAAUCUUUCAUUUACUCAGACUGAAGGGAAAAUGAAAUUAUUCAUUAACUUCAAAGGUGAUUGAUAAAGAAACCUUGAGACUUCACUUUACCCAGACUAUUUUUCCACAAGCCUGGUGUAACCUACAUGCCAGCAAUAAAUUUUAGAUGAGUUUAAUUUCCUGAUGACUGGACUGAACUCUUCCAUCUAUAUGCCAUUGCCAGUGGUUUCUAAGUAAAGUUUUACAAACAUAAUACAUCAAGAACGAAGAUUGGAAAUAACAAAGGAAAUACAAAUAACAAGAAAUAUAUAUAACAUAGGCAAUACUAAUAAUAUACUAGGAAACAUGGGUCACUCGACAAAAGAGCAAUUUAGCUGACGAUUUUGGGGCGUAUUCAGAACCUGGUUCUCUUUCACUCAUCUCUGUUUCAGAAAAGCCACAUCAGUAAAGAAGGAGGAGAGUUCAAAAGCUAAGAAAAGUAGAAGAGCAAUCAGCUUGGACUCAGACUAGUUGUUUUGACGUCACAGACAACACAGCUACGGUGGGAAUUUACUACUGGAAGUAGAUAGACAUGCAUUCAAACUUCUGCCCACCAUCGUAGACAUCCGCCAUCCUUGGAUCUUAAGGUCCCUAUUGAUGGAGUGGGAGGGCUGGAUAGGGAAAUAUUUAAUGUGAGAUGAGGAAGAAGUUGUGCCCAUCAAAUUAAAAGAGUCUGCAAAACAGACAGACAAAGUAGCUUCUCAAGAGGUCCAGCAAGUUAAAGAGAGAGAUCUGACAAGUCUUAAGAAAAUGAAGACUCCAAAGUGAAUAGAAAAGAAGAGUAUAAAAAUGGGAGAGAAAAAGAAGGAAGAGAAAAUGGGAAUGUCAACCAUCCAACAGCAGAGCAACCAUCAAAGAAAAGGAAGGAAGACUUCUCAGAAUCAAAGUCUGAGGUUAAAAAGCCUUCCCCUGAGAAGAAAAAGGAGGUACCAAAGACAACUCCUGCUAGCAAACUGGCUGUCAAAGCUGCCACAGUUCCAGAAACUCCAGUUAGAGACUGAAAACCAAGUCCAAAGAAAACUGUUACUCCAAAAAAGGAUGAAAAAAUGUUAGUAAGGAAAUUCCAACCCAAGGAACACCAAAGGUGUCAAAAUCAGAGGAAGUGGUUGAAGUUCCACCCUCAUUGGAAAAGAAAAAAUCUGGUUUCCGUAGUUUUAUGGCAAGAGAUGGUCCUAGGGUGCUUGGUUCAAAGGAAAUCCCUCAGGAAGUGGAAAACUGUUUGGAUGGACUGACAUUUGUUAUUUCGGGAAUCUUGGAAAGUAUCAAGAGAGAGGACACAGCAGAUUUGAUUCAAGGAUAUGGUGGAAAAGUUACCCACUCAGUGAGCAAGAAAAAGAGUUUUAUUGUCAUGGGACAGGAUCCUGGGGAGAGUAAACUUUCCAAGGCUAAGCAAUGUGGAACAUCACAAAUAGAUGAAGACAGUCUGUUUGAGCUUGUCAGAACAAAACCAGGCAACGAGACCAGCUAUGAACCACCAAGUGUGGAGAAGAAGACAAAGAAGAAGGAGAAAGCUGAACCAAUGGAGUCCCUCGGCCAGGGAAAAGAUCAGUUUGAGGGUGAUAUGUCACAACUGAGUGAAAGAUCUGUGUCUUCUCCAACAACACAAACACCAUCAUCAUCACCUGCACUGAAAGCUGGGUGUUUCAAACCUUUCCAACAAUUAGCACAAGAGCAUGACUUCACUGAAAAUUUAAUUCACACUUCAGCUGAGAACCAAGUCUGUUAUGAGUAGACAAAGAUCAACCUCACGCAGUGAGCAGAUUAUUGGUCAGCAGGGUGAUAAGAGCAAACUGAGAGAGCUGAUGAACUGGCUGAGAGAGUGGGAAAAGAAUAGAAAGAAACCAGCCUCUAAAUCUUCCUUUUUCAACAAAGACCAAGAUGGGUCGUCCUUUAAGGCAGCUCUUCUGUCCGGUUCCCCAGGAGUUGGUAAAACCACAUCAGCGACACUGGUUUGUGAAGAGCUUGGUUUUACGUACAUUGAAAUGAAUGCCAG